CCCGCCCCGCCCGGCCGUGGAGCGUCUCCCCGUGCCUGGCGCCCACUCCAUUGUCUGCCUUUCCGCGGGCUCGGCGGCGGGUGCUGCGGGGCUCGGGCCGCCUCCCAGUCUGCGGGCACAGAGCCCGGUUGCGGGGGCGCCGCAUCCAGUCCUGGAGCUCCCUCCCUCCCGGAGAGUAGCCCCGGCGCCCAGCCUCUAGCGGGGCCCCUGCCGCCCGGGCGCAGCCCGUGGGAAGAAGGAUGCGCGCACUGGGGGCGCCAAGUUCUUCACGUGCCGGGGAGGUCCCCCCUUUCUUUCCCGAGGCCCCCAGAGAGAGACGAUGGACUGAGCCGAGCCACACCAUGGAGUCUUGGAUAUUACUGAGAACAUUCUGUCUGAUCUUCGGUCUCGGAGCAGUCUGGGGGCUUGGGGUGGACCCCUCCCUACAGAUCGACAUCUUAACAGAGUUAGAACUUGGGGAGUCCACGACCGGAGUUCGCCAGGUCCCCGGGCUGCACAAUGGGACGAAAGCCUUCCUCUUCCAGGAUGCUCCCAGAAGCAUAAAAGCCUCUACUGUGACAGCUGAACAGUUUUUCCAGAAGCUGAGAAAUAAACACGAGUUUACUAUUUUGGCGACCCUAAAGCAGAGCCACUUAAACUCUGGAGUAAUUUUCUCCAUUCACCACGUGGAUCACAGGUACCUGGAGCUGGAAAGCAGUGGCCAUAGGAAUGAAGUCAGACUGCACUAUCGCACAGGCAGUCGCCCUCACACGGAAGUGUUUCCUUACAUUCUGGCUGAUGACAAGUGGCACAAGCUCUCCUUAGCCAUCAGUGCCUCCCAUUUGAUUUUGCACAUUGACUGCAAUAAAAUAUAUGAAAGAGUGGUGGAAAAGCCUUCCACGGACUUUCCUCUGGGCACAACAUUCUGGCUAGGACAGAGGAAUAAUGCACAUGGCUAUUUUAAGGGUAUAAUGCAGGAUGUGCAAUUACUUGUCAUGCCCCAAGGAUUUAUUGUCCAGUGCCCAGAUCUUAAUCGCACCUGCCCAACUUGCAAUGACUUUCAUGGACUUGUGCAGAAAAUCAUGGAGCUACAGGAUAUUUUAGCCAAAACAUCAGCCAAGCUGUCUCGAGCUGAACAACGAAUGAACAGAUUGGAUCAGUGCUAUUGUGAACGGACUUGCACCAUGAAGGGGACCACCUACCGAGAAUUCGAGUCCUGGACAGAUGGCUGUAAGAACUGCACAUGCCUGAAUGGAACCAUCCAGUGUGAGACUCUGAGCUGCCCCACUCCUGACUGUCCACGAAAGAUGGCGCCUGCAUAUGUGGAUGGCAAGUGCUGUAAGGAAUGCAAAUCUAUAUGCCAGUUUCAAGGACGAACCUACUUUGAAGGAGAAAGGAAUACAGUCUAUUCCUCUUCUGGCGUAUGUGUUCUAUAUGAAUGUAAGGACCAGACCAUGAAGCUGAUUGAGAGUUCAGGCUGCCCAACUUUGGAUUGUCCAGAGUCUCAGCAGAUCACCUUGUCACAUAGUUGUUGCAAAGUUUGUAAAGGUUAUGACUUUUGUUCUGAAAGGCACAACUGCAUGGAGAAUUCUGUCUGCAGAAAUCUCAAUGACAGGGCUGUCUGUAGCUGCCGGGAUGGGUUCAGAGCUCUUCGUGAGGACAAUGCCUAUUGUGAAGACAUUGAUGAGUGUGCUGAAGGACGCCAUUACUGUCGCGAGAACACCAUGUGUGUCAACACCCCGGGCUCUUUCAUGUGUAUUUGCAAGACUGGCUACAUCAGAAUUGACGAUUAUUCAUGUACAGAACACGAUGAAUGUGUCACAAAUCAGCACAACUGUGAUGAAAAUGCCUUAUGCUUCAACACCGUCGGAGGACACAACUGUGUUUGCAAGCCUGGCUACACAGGGAAUGGAACCACGUGCAAAGCAUUUUGCAGAGAUGGCUGUAGGAAUGGAGGAGCUUGUAUUGCUGCUAAUGUGUGUGCCUGCCCACAAGGCUUCACUGGCCCCAGCUGUGAAACAGACAUUGACGAGUGCUCUGAUGGUUUUGUUCAGUGCGACAGUCGUGCUAACUGUAUCAACCUGCCUGGCUGGUACCACUGUGAGUGCAGAGACGGCUACCACGACAACGGAAUGUUUUCAUUGAGCGGAGAAUCCUGUGAAGAUAUUGACGAGUGCGGGACCGGGAGGCACAGCUGUGCCAAUGACACCAUUUGCUUUAACUUGGAUGGUGGCUAUGACUGCCGCUGCCCCCAUGGCAAGAACUGCACAGGGGACUGCAUCCACGAUGGAAAAAUCAAGCACAAUGGCCAGAUCUGGGUGCUGGAAAACGACCGGUGCUCUGUGUGCUCAUGCCAGAAUGGAUUUGUGAUGUGUCGACGCAUGGUCUGUGACUGUGAGAAUCCCACCGUUGAUCUCUUUUGCUGCCCUGAAUGUGACCCAAGGCUCAGCAGCCAGUGCCUCCAUCAGAAUGGGGAAACCUUGUACAACAGUGGCGACACCUGGGUCCAGAAUUGUCAGCAGUGUCGCUGCUUGCAGGGGGAAGUGGACUGCUGGCCACUGCCUUGCCCAGAGGUGGAGUGUGAAUUCAGCCUCCUCCCGGAGAAUGAGUGCUGCCCGCGCUGUGUCACAGACCCUUGCCAGGCGAACACCAUCCGCAAUGACAUCACCAAAACCUGCCUGGACGAGAUGAAUGUGGUUCGCUUCACUGGGUCCUCUUGGAUCAAACACGGCACUGAGUGUACUCUCUGUCAGUGCAAGAAUGGCCACGUGUGUUGCUCAGUAGACCCACAGUGCCUUCAGGAACUGUGAAGUUAACUGUCUCUCCAGGAUGUUUCUGUUUAAAGAAGGUUCUUUCAUGAAAAAGACCAAAAAGAAGAAGAAAGAAAGAAAAAAAAAAAAAGCUAGACUUUCAAGUGGAGGAUUUGUGGGCCGCAGCUAAGUGCAGCUGUGUUAACAGUGGAGUGAACUUUUUAUGAAGAAAUCCGUAGAACUUGAGAAAAUCAUAAAAGGAGAAUUCCCAAGUUCCUAGGGCAAAACUAGAGCGUAUCUCCUGGGCAGUGAGUGUGUGAUGUCACCAUGUGGAAGAGUGGGUGGGGGAGCUCAUAGUGACAUCGGCAACCCUGGCCGAAGCCUGAGCCUGGAGGAAGCAUCACUCGGGCAGGAAAAAUGCCUCUAGGUCAGAAUCUUCAGAAUCUGCUGGGCUCCUCUUUGCAAGCAAAAAAUGUGCGAGCGGCAGUGAUUGGAUUCUAUCUUCCAGAAGUGACGCAGAAAGACUGUGAUACGUGAUAUAUAGUAUUCACUGAGGGGAAACCCACAACCAGUUAUUGUCAUGAUUAAAAUUAAUGCACAGGCAUGGUUACUUGAUAUUUUCUAACCGGACAAAUCAUCCCUCUCUCCUAGUUUUACUGCACCUCCUCUUAUUUGGUUGAGUUUGUUCAGUAUGAUAAGCUCGUUCUCGUGCAACAUGAAAUAAAUAUUUCUCUUACCUUAUAACA